CAUUGGCUGUAAAUAUAAAAGUUUAAGUGUGAGACAUAUAAAUGCAUAAGAAUUGGAUGCCACAUAUGCGUGAUUGUCGCUUCGAUCGGAGUGCGCGACGGCGAUCAUGUGCAAUCAACCUGCUCUGGAUCAUAACGACUCUGACACCGAAUCGGACUCCACCGACGAUUCUCAAUUCUACCAUCAAAUCUCUUCCUACGACCCGGAUGAAGCCGAAGAGCUCGGAGAAACAGAGAAUCCAGCAAUCCUUACUAACGGUGGGAAUCUGGAAGAAGAACUAAACCCCGAUCUUACCGGCUUUCAUCUCAUUGUCGAAAACAGCAUCGCUGCUCUAGAUCUGAAUGGUUAUGGCAGGGCUGUGGGAUCCGAGGAAGAGGAGGAGGAGACGAUGGCGAGGGAGCGGGAGGCAUCGAUACUGAGGGCUUUCCGUCAGGACGAGAGCAGGAGAACCGCUCCCUUGCCGCUGGAAAGCGCUGCCAGGAUCGUGAGCGUGAUGAGGGAGGUUUCGUUUCCGGAUUACGCUCCAGAAUGGGUGAAUCAAGUGCCGGAGGAAUGUUGGCUGGAUCACUUGAGGAGAUUGAGAGGACAGUCUGCUUCGCAGAGCUGAAAAGAGGAAACUUCAGAGACAUUAAUUAUCCCUUACCCCAAGUAUGGUUUUCAUCUCUUCAUGUCAAAAAUAGCACUUCAAACCCUAAUUAUUGCUUGGAACGUGUUGAUUUUCAUAAACUUUCCUUCAAACAAACAUCAGAACGGCAAAAUUAGGUUUUUUGGAACUAUCAUUACUGCUGCAAAGUGCAAAUAAUUCAUCAAAAUUCUGGACAUAUUUGUC